AUGGAGUUGAAAACAAUCAAGCUCAUAUUUUUCACAGUCAUCACUACAAUAUAUCUCCUCAGUUUUUUCAUUGUUCCACCAGUGAUAGAGAAUGGUGAUCAGUAUUUGAUUAUGUUUACUUCUUUCAAGAAAAAACUAGCGGAAACGUUUUUUGGGGAUCCAAUUACCAAUACAGAUGCAUAUAUAGUCAGCACUUAUUAUUAUCCGAAAUCCAAGUCGCUUGGAGAAAAUGCCCUGGCAAUGGUUUUAUUGAUGAAUAGGAAUACAAUGAGAGAUAUUACAAAGUAUAAGAUGCAUUUGGUGGCAACAAAUGGAUCAGGAUAUUCUGUGGAGGUUGUUCCGAAAAUAUUGAAGGAAGCCUAUGCAAACUGUGCCUACAUCAAUGUCAUUGCUCAUUCCACAGUUUUACAUAACAUGAAGAAACUGGAAAUAGUGGAUGGCGACACGAGAAUGGAAAUCCCGUUCCGUCCGCCUCGUGCGACCGCUCCGGCACCCGUAAUCAUGUGUAUCUCACCUCAAUUCGUAGCAGAACAAUGGCAAAUUUUUGUUACUCACGCACAUAUUGCUCAUUAUUUUGGUGGACAUCUUCAUCUUUAUGUGACAAGUAUGCUCGAGUCAUACUUUAAUUUGGUGAAAGAAUACGAAAAAUUUGGUUACGUUACUGUCGAUUAUUGGAUGAGAUACAAGUUCAAAAACAAUACUUUCGACUCGCCGGAGCCAAACUCGAAUGUCGAAUGGAGAAAUCAAGCAGGAGCACAUACGGAUUGUCUGUUACAGUACAAAGAAGUGGCAUCUUUUAUCACUUUUGUUGAUUUGGAUGAUGUUUUGGUGCCACGUGGAUUUGACUCUUAUUAUGAAGAGUUCUCAUCCCUAUUCUACUUUCAUCCUAAUAUUCUCACUUUCCAAUAUCCGAAACGAGAAAUAAUGCUUCACAACAAACCAAAAAUUGAUGAUAUCAAUCUAGUAGAACAGUUCUGUCAUCCAUGGUUUGCCACUACCACAGACACUGGGAAGAUCGUUGCGAGACCCGUUGAUUUAGAUUCAAUGUGGAUUCACAGAUCAUUUUACGUUCCUGACAAGAAAUUCUAUGUUGUAAAUCACAAUUUUCUUCUUCAUAUGCAGAGACCAGUGGACACGAAUGGACAGGAUCCAAUCACUUAUGAAAUGAAAGCAUUUUCGAUUUUCAAGAAUUUGAAAUUGAAUGAAUCAGUGCUGGAACCGGUGCAAAAUGAGUUGGAGAAACUUCUCAACUCCUCAUCGUUUCAAAAAGUGGCUUCAAAAUUGCCAACACAUGCGUACUAUUUCCCGAUUAUGUUCAGAUGUUACUAUGAGAAAUAUUAUAGAUCUCUGGAUAACACAUGUCCCAACGGGGAGGGAUGUUUGGUGAGUUCUUAUUUGUUCUUUUCGUUUUAA